AUGUAUAACGAUACCAGCGAUAAGUACGGGCUACCAGAAGUAGUCAAUUUAGAUACUGCAUCUUGUAGUAAUGCACAAGGCUUUAUUUUUCCAUCGAAGCUUUCAUCUUCAUACCUUUACAAUGAUAGUCAACUCCAACGACCCCAACCCACAACAUGCAUACUAUUAGAGGAUGCAAGUAUCUCAAGUAGUGAUAGUAGUGAGUUGACCGAAAAAAAUGUACAAGUUAGUAAUGAGAACAGUGAAUCGGCAAGUGGUAAACUCUGGGAACAUUAUAAUUAUAUAAAAGGAGAUUUAAGAAAACAAGGAAUACUCCUUCAGCGAUCAAUUUCCAAAUCCAUACAAGAGACAUAUGCACAGACUGAAAUAGAUGAAGACAAACUGCAAUGGUUAUUCCACCACACAGAACCGUGGGAGCAAGUGUGUGAAUAUUGGAAUAAUACAUAUAGGGCUAGGAACAAGUUAUUAAUGCAAGACAAACUAAAUGUACUUGAAUAUUUUAAUAAGUUUCCUUGUCUUCAAUUAAGCAAAGGACAACAUCUGCUCGUAGAAGACUUUAACAGACAGUAUCCCGAAAAAGAAUCGAUAUUUCCUAAAAGGUGGAAUAUUAUUAAAAAAGUUAUUAUUGACCAACUACAGCAAUUGAAUAAACGCCUCAGUGUUUCAGAUACAGCUCUUAUAUCUAUUUUACCAGCAAUAUCUUCUGAUAAACAAGAUGCGGUAAUUUUUUAUUUACUUCCGAUUCUUAUCGAAUCUCGUAGAGCAGGAGGUUAUAAAAGGAAAAGAAAUACGAACUGUGAGCAGGAUAGUGAAAACAGCAUCAGAAAGUUAACGUUACAAGAAUGUAGAGAUGCGUUUAUGUUACAUGUGCAGACUGUUGCUGAUUUGGAUCGUGCUUUAUAUGAUUUCAAGAGAAGACUGCAAAGAAACAAAGAUACUUUUCAACCGACACCUCUUAUAGUUGGACCUUUAGUAAACAUCGAAUCAUCAUACGUGAUUGUAAACGACCAAAAGUUUAAGGUGGAUUCAUGUUUGCAAGCUAUUGAAUUAACUUUCAAGAUAUUCUUUGCUGUUGAUUGCAAGUAUCCAACAUAUGCAGAAACGUUUUGGAUAUUUUUACAAAAAUCUGGUUUCGAUAUUCACUUACAAGAGAAAUGUAACAACUCAUUAAACGUUUUGUUAGGUCGCGUUAACGCAGAAAUGGAGCGUUUAGUUGCGACAUAAUUUUUCCGAACAUAAAUAUCAUUUCAUGUGCAAUCGUUAAUAAGAUGUUUCGGUGCUAUAUUUGUAGUACAUUUUUAUGUUUCGAUAAUAAGUCGCUUCUAAAUCAUUACAAAGAAUUCCAUCCUUUAUUAAAAAUAUAUAGAUGUAACGAUAAUAAUUGCAGCAGAUCUUUUGCUAUAUUUGAUUCUUUUAAGAAACAUAGAUAUAACAAACAUUUAUCAGAGACUAAUAUUACAUAUAAUAACCAAACUAUAAAACAAUAUGAUCAAAACGCGGAUUUUAUAGAUGCAAUAGAUAAAGUCUUAACAGUGGGAACAAAUCAACGUAUACAACAUUAUGAAGAUAAAAAAUGUGAAAAUGUGGAGUAUAUAAUAGAUCCCAUACAAAUUAAGUCUGAUUCUGAUAUUGAAACUGAUUUAGAAGACGAUUUAUUUUUCGACAUUCCACAAAACGAUGGCCACACUAGUGAAGCGACAAACGUAAAAUUUGAGGAACAUAAAGAAAUUAUUAAUUUCACAAGUAAAUUAUACACUUAUUUAGACGUACCUCGUGUUAGGGUAAAUGAUAUUGUGAGAAGUACAGGAAAUCUCAUCGACAAUUAUUUACUUUUACUAGAAAAACAUUUAUUAAAUCGACUUGAAACUUUUAAUUUAAGUUUAGAUUCAAUAUCUGCUAUUAAAGAAGUAUUCGCAGAUUUUAGUGAUCCUUUCACGGAUUGUAAAAGCGAAUGGCGUUUUUUUAAAUUGUUAAAAUGCUAUGAUACAUUUAUACUUCCUGAACAAUAUUUAAUCGGAGAAAGAGAAGAAUUCCGAGAAAAGAAUGGCGUAAAUAUUAUUCAAAGUAUUUCAGUGUAUGCACAGUUUAUUCCUCUUCGCAAAGUUUUUCAAAAAAUAUUUGAAAUCCCAAAUCUUUUUGACGAAACAUUAAGAUAUUACCAAUCGCUGAGAUCAAAUAACAAUAUUAUAGAAAAUUUUGUUCAGGGAUCUCUUUGGGAAGAGAUAAGUUCGCAUUUCAUAGGAAAGAUUGUUUAUCCUAUUUUUUUAUUUUUUGAUGAUUAUGAGAAUAAUAAUGUGUUAGGCUCUCAUAAAGGCUUAUCUAAGUGUGGCGCAGUUUAUGUAACUAUACCAUGUUUACCUCCUUACAUGCAAUCAAAGUUAGAGAAUAUCUUUCUGUUCCUUUUAUUUAACUCACUUGAUCGACAAAUGUUUGGCAAUAGAAGUGUUUUUCAAAAAGCAAUUGACGAGUUGCAUUACCUACAAACAGAAGGUAUAACAAUUAAACAUAAAGAUGGAAACAAGCAAGUAUAUUUUGUUUUGUCUUUAGUCGUGGGAGACAAUUUGGGUGUUCAUUCUAUUUUUGGUUUCGUGGAAAGUUUCAAUGCUACAUUUUUUUGUCGAUUCUGUCUAAUUAAUAGAAAAUGUAUUUGUGAUUUCUUAGAUGAACGUAUGUGCAUUCUCCGUAAUGUAGAUAAUUAUACUUCACUUUUGGCAUUAAAGGAUGUGAGUAAAUCUGGUAUAGUUAGUCAGUGUGUGUUCAAUGAUUUAGAUUAUUUUCACGUUACAAAAAAUUUAGGUGUAGAUGUUAUGCAUGACAUUUUAGAAGGUGUAUGCAGAUACGAUUUGGCGUUAUUUCUAAAUUAUUUUAUUGCUAAGAAAUACUUAACUUUAAUAGAUGUUAAUACUAGAAUAAGAUCAUUUCGAUACAGUCACAAACAUAAUAUUAAUAAACCUGUGGAAAUCACAGAACAAAACUUAAAAAAUAAAGCAAUCAUAAUGAGUUCUGCCGAAAUGUUGUUAUUAGUAAGGCAUUUUUGUUUAAUUAUCGGCUCUUUUAUUCCACAGGAAGACGAAUGUUGGCAGCUUGUUAUUCUUUUAAAGCAAAUAAUCGACAUUACAACUAGUUCAAGAGUUCAUUGUGAAACGUAUCAUUUAUUAGACACUAUUAUUAAUGAAUAUUUAACUUUAUUAAA